AUGGAGUAUACAAAAUCCGUUACACCGUGAGGAUGUGGGGGAAACCCGAGCUGCAAGUAUACCCGGUGGAAAGAUUUGCCGAUACUUAUGUAGAGAUCACUUCCACGCCGCUGGUCGCACUUCUCUCCCCAGGAGGGAUGUCAAUGAGCGAACGCUUUCUGUCUACCCAAACAGACUUAAACCCUUAUGCUUACUCCUACGACCCUGACGCACCCGAGGACAAGACUGGCAUGACGUUCGAGUACUUCUGCAAGAGGGAGUUUGAAUCCUUUCCGAUGGUCAAUGGAGAUUAUGAUCAUACCACUCAUCCCAUUCCAAAAACAAUGCCCACUUCAGACGGUGGAGGAUGCUUCGGCAACGGACCUGAUAAGGCAUGGUACAAGGUAGGAAAGUAUCACAAUUAA